AUGCCACAGAGGUGUGUCGCAUUCAACUGCAACAAAAGUGCCAAAAAGGGAUCGGGAAUAUCCUUUUACAACUUUCCGAAAGAUCCUGAGCUGCGAAGUAAAUGGAUAUCUGCAACAAAAAGGAAAAACUUCAACCCUUCCAAGCAUGCCCGUAUAUGCAGUUUACAUUUUACCCAGGACCAAUUUCAAAUCCGACCAAACAGCAAUUUUGAAUUGUUAAAACCUGACGCUGUGCCAUCAGUAUUCGACUUCCCUCCUCAUCUAGCUUCAGCACCACCAAAGAAAAGAAGGAUUAUAAUUAAAAAACAGGACAUCUGUGUAUCUGAUGACAUCUGUGUAUCUGAUGAUAUCCAGACACCAACUGCUUUGUUGCCGAAACAUGACGAUUCCUCUCCUAGUACAUCAAUUAUCAUUCCAUCAUGUGAAAAACCAGAUGAAAUCCAGUGCAUUAGUAUUACGAACAAACAGCUCUACCCCUUGCUAUCAGUUGGUUACAAUACUGGUGCUUACCAGAUCGUCUCGGUAUUGAAAAAUUACGGGUCCUGA